AUGGAGGGAGGCGGCGACACAGAGCCGGUACAACCUCAACCUCACUCCAUCACUUUCGCAGAUUUAGGCAUCCCUAUGACUGAAAAUCUACAAGAUACCUUGCUGGGAAAGGCUCGUCCACUGAGUGAUAUCACAUGGAAGGAGAGAAUUUAUGCAGCACUAAUGUUGGUGUCCAUUGUUGGAGCAGCGGUCAUGACCAUAAUUCGUCUUACAGUUAUAACCACUGACGACCCAGACUUCACCUUUUGCCUUGUCUUAUUGCUCAAUGCAGUGUUCUGUGUCUGGUUUGUUAUUGAGGGAGUGUUGAGGGAGAGGCCAUCAGAGCUGUUCAUCCUAACAUUUGCCACCAUCAUCAUCAUGGUCUACCUCAUUGUCAACUACGCCACUGGGCAGCAGAACGACGUCAAACUGGCUCGGCUGGUGAUUGCUUGUAUUUUCUGCCCUGUUUUGGUGAUUCUGGGAUUGAUCAUCGCCUGGGAGUAUCACGCAUCCAAGAGAUUGAUCUUCCGAACCGUGGGAGCCAAUGAAAUGCUGCAAACCUUGUACCGGAAUCUUUGGUGUUUCAAGAUUUUCUCAAGUUUGAUCUUCAGUUGGGGUAUGAUCAUCCUUAUACUGACAGUGCCGGAGGAAAUCAGCCGUCGAGACAUCAUCAUUCUCUCCGUGGGAGGUGUUGUUACCGUGGCCUGGUUUAUACUCGGAUUUUUUUCAAUGCCCAAGGAGUCAAAAAUUGGAGCUGCCAUAUUUUUUAUAUUUAGUCCAGUGGAGCUGGGAUAUGUUUUCUAUAAGAUAUAUGAUGCAGUUAACUACAAACAUGACGCUGGCCAUAAGGACAGUGAUGGCGUAGUGGAUUCCACUAUUGCUUGUGGUGCUGGAGCUGUUGUUGUUCGCCUUGUUGUCAUCCUUGCUGGUGUGAUCGUGGUUAGAAAAUUUGGGAAUGGACUGAAGGAGAAGU